UCCCGCUCCCCGACUAGAACCAAUCGCAAUCGUUAACCACAACAUUUGUCUGUUCCUUAAACUUGAAUGCGACUGUAAUUGUAAUUGUAAUAACGAGGGUUUGGGUUUUGGGGUUUAACCCUUCUUCUUCUUCUUCUUCUUCUUCUUUCAGGUUUGUAGAAAGUUGUUGUUUUGAAAAAUGAUGCAUUCUGUAGUAAAGGGUGGAUGGAGGCCAACAUUUGCUCUUGCUAAGCAAAAUGAUUCUGAAGGGAGAAAGUCUCGGAUUCGACGCUCUAAGGAAGAAAGAAAGGCAAUGGUUGAAUCCUUCAUUAAGAACUACCAAGAGUCAAAUGGUGGAAACUUUCCAUCACUUAAUCUUACACAUAAAGAAGUUGGUGGCUCUUUCUACACUGUCAGGGAGAUUGUACGGGAUAUAAUUCAAGAAAAUCGAGUGUUAGGUCCUGCUAAAUUUAACUUAGAGGACUUCAAUGUUGAUAAAUUUUUGGAACAAAAUCCAUUGGGUUCAAUUGCAAGUGGUCCUCAACCUUUUCUGGAUUCAUCUUCAAAUGAACACCAUCGUACACAUAACAAAGUUCCAGAUACGAAUGGCACAAUGCUUUCUGUUUCUGAGAGGCAUUAUACUGAUGCAAAGCAUCAGGAGAUUGACAAUGGGCAUGCCAUAGAUGUUGGCUAUGUAGAUGUGACUAACAAGGAAAGUAUUGAAGCCAAUGUUGUUUCUGAUGAGUGUUAUACUGGAGCUGAGCAUCCAGUGGUUGACAAUGGGCAUGUGGUAAAUGCUAGCCAGGUAGAUAUGACAAACAACGAAUCUGUUGAAGCUGCUGUUGUUUCUGAUGGGUAUUUUCCUGCAGCUGAGCUCGAGAUUGUUGACAAAGAGGACAAUAUAGAGGCUAGCCAGGUAGAUGUGACAAAUAAGGAAUAUGUUGAAGCUGUUGUUGUUUCUGAUGACCAUUGUACUAGAGCUGAUCUCGAGGUUGUUGACAAAGGGAACAACAUCGAUGGUAGCGAGGUUGAUCUGAUAAACAAGGAAUCCAAUGAUGCUACUAUACCCGAGAAUCAGGUAAGUAAGCCCGUGGUACCCAAAGAGAAUGCCGAACAAGAGUUGGCAGCUACCACAGUGCCAUUGGCCAAAGUAAAUGUUCUGACAAAAAACUUGAUAGUAGAGACAUUUCCAUUAAGGUCUGUUGCUAGGACUAGCAACAGAAUAGAAGGUUCAGGAGAGUUGCGGGACUCUGAUAAUUCCCUGGAAAUGGAUAUAAAGAAGUUGGAAUUGGAAGAAGACAAGAAGUCCGCAUUAAAUGAUAUAAAGCUCACAAAUAAUUCUAAUUUGUUGGAUGACAAAUUUGAGAAUGCCCUUGAAAACAAAACAUUAAAGGAAAUCUCAAACCCUAGGCAUGAUACAGAAAGUGGAAAUCAUUCUAUCCAAAAAGAACAGGUCAGUGCAUCACAUCAGAAAGCUAUAACUUUGGAAACCAAUAACCAAAGUCGGAUUGAAGAUACAGCCAAGAAAAACAUUCAAGACGAAGGUCUGCAUGAAGCUGAUAAAUAUAGACUUGAUGGUCAACUUGGUGGCAAUUCCCAGAGAAGAAUCAACGCAACCGUAGAUAGGAUCAAUCUAGAAUCAUGGGAUGGAAGAUCCAAGAAUUCUGCGAAAAAGGAACCCAACCCUCUUUUAGCUCUAUUGAAAGCCAUUGUCAAUGCGUUUGGGAAAUUUUUGUCAGAAUGAUGAUUUUUGUAUUUGUUUGUUAUACUUUUCCAUUGCGCUGUUAUCUAAUGUGAUUGUCGAGUUGAUGUUUUGUAUCUGAUGAAGAAUAAUUUUCACAUAGUCAAUGUGCUAACCCCCGCACCCUUCUUAAAAAUUUAGAUUGCUAUGGUCUUGUUUUCA